GUCUAACGGAGCUAAAAGCUGCGCCGAUUUUCACCCGCUUGUUCCGAGAUUACCCCUGCCGUCAAAAGCAUCUGACGGAUCUGCACUGGUUCCUCUGUUAGCGUUACAAGUAACACUAUUCCCAAACGUCGGGGUUUGCAUCGGCGUGACCAAUCAUCACGUCGUCGGUGACGGAAAAACCAUCUUCGGUUUCAUGAAGACGUGGGCUUUCUUUUCCGGCGACGGAGACCAAAAAGUCACACCUGAUUCUCUACCGUUUUUCGAUAGAACACAGCUCAAAGAAGGGAAAGGAAAACUAGAAACCAUUUUCUGGGAAAAUCUGAAGAAUUUUAAGAUCGAGGAUACCCAUGUUGACCAGCUUCCAACGUUCAAAAACAAGGUUCGUUCCACGUUUUCUCUGAAACGUGGCGACCUCCAAAGGCUCAAGAGCCACGUCAUGGCACGACGUCCGGGACUUUCACAUGUGACAUCCUUCACGGUGACGUGUUCGUACGUUUGGAAUUGCGUGAUACGGUCUCGCCACGUGGCGGGCGUGUACGCUAAUGACGAUGAAGAUGAGCUGUUUGGUUGUACGGCGGAUUGUAGGGCGCGUUUGGAUCCGCCGUUGCCGGAGAACUACUUCGGGAAUUGCAUCACGGUUUGUUAUGGAUAUGCGAAGGUUAAGGAGCAUGUGGGUGAGGAUGGGUUGGUGGCGGCGGCGGUGGUCGGAGAAAGCAUACGUGGCCAGCUGUACAAUAACCACAAAGAUGGAGUCUUGAAAGGAGCUGAAGAUUGGUUUACGCUGCUCUCCACGAUUAAUAUGGACCGUACGUUGAGUCUAGCUGGGUCCCCCAAGUUUGACUAUUAUGGGUUAGAUUUUGGAUGGGGGAAGCCUAGAAAGCUUGAGAUUCCAUCGAUAGAUAUAACAGGGGC